GAAUUCAGUUUGUAUUGGUUAGUCAUUCAAGAUGGCGCUCCAGAAAGCAGUUCAUGAUAAGAUAAUGAAUGAUGUGAUAUUGAUGGCUAGGAAGACUAGUGAAUGGAAGGUUCUAGUUGUGGAUCAACUCAGUAUGAGAAUGAUCUCAGCUUGUUGUAAGAUGCAUGAAAUUAUGUCUCAAGGAAUUACAUUGGUAGAAGAUAUUAAUAAAAGAAGAGAACCAUUACAAUUACUAGAAGCUAUUUAUUUGAUAACUCCAUCCGAAAAGUCGAUUCGUGGAUUAAUAUCUGAUUUCCAGAAUCCAAAUAACACACAAUAUAAAAAUGCCCAUGUGUUUUUCACUGAAGCUUGUCCAGAUGAAUUGUUUAAUGAAUUGUGUAAAUCUAGUUCUGCCAAGUUUAUUAAAACAUUGAAGGAAAUAAAUAUUGCAUUUUUACCCUACGAAUCACAGGUUUAUUCACUGGAUUCUGUGGUGACAUUUCAGUAUUAUUACAACUCACAACGUGCAUCUGGUCGUACCAUGAACCUAGAACGUUGUGCUGAACAAAUAGCAACAUUAUGUGCUACAUUAGGAGAAUACCCAAACGUUCGAUACAGAAGUGAUUUUGACCGUAAUGCUGAAUUUUCUCAGAUGAUACAACAAAAAUUAGAUGCGUAUAGAGCUGAUGAUCAUACAAUGGGAGAGGGACCACAGAAAGAUAGAUCUGUAUUGUUAAUAUUAGAUAGAGGAUUUGACCCAAUCUCACCUCUACUACAUGAGCUGACAUUCCAGGCUAUGGCCUAUGAUCUGUUACCAAUAGACAAUGAUGUUUACAAGUAUGAAAGUGCUAGUGGACAGGAAGUUACAGAGAAAGAGGUUUUAUUAGAUGAUAAUGAUGAACUGUGGCGUGAAUUGCGUCAUCAACAUAUUGCUGUUGUAUCUCAACAAGUAACUAAAAAGUUGAAACAGUUUGCAGUGGAGAAAAAGAUGAGCAACACAGAUAAAUCCAAUAUGCGGGACUUGUCUCAGAUGUUGAAAAAGAUGCCUCAGUAUCGAAAAGAACUGAAUAAAUAUUCCACACAUCUACAUCUAGCGGAAGAUUGCAUGAGACAGUAUCAGAAACAGACAGAUAAACUCUGUAAAGUUGAACAGGAUUUAGCUAUGGGAACUGAUGCUGAAGGUGAAAAGAUUAAAGAUCACAUGAGAAAUAUUGUUCCUAUUUUACUGGACCAAAAUGUCACAGCUUAUGAUAAAAUUAGAAUUAUUCUACUCUAUAUCAUCCAUAAAGGUGGUAUUACUGAGGAGAAUUUAGCUAAAUUAGUUCAACAUGCUCAGAUACCUGGCGAUGAGAAGUGUAUUCUAUCUAACAUGCAGAAUCUAGGUGUACCCAUCAUACAAGAUAGUACAGCUAGUUACGGAACUUUUCAGUCCAAUUUCUCGACGCAGGGAGGAAGACGUAAAGCUCAACAGCCGUAUCAGCCGUUUAAUAGAAAGGCACGUGCCCAGGAACAUCAGUAUCAAAUGUCAAGAUGGACGCCAUAUCUUAAAGAUUUAUUAGAGGAUAUCGUUGAAGAAAGGCUUGAUCCAAAACAUUUCCCGUAUCUACCAGGUGGAGCUGCUAGACAAACUAUGUCAGGUGGUGGACCUAGAAGUGUAAGAUUUGGUCAUUGGCAUAAAGAGAAAGGUCAGUCGAGUGCACGUAAUGUUCCUAGAUUGAUUGUGUUUACAAUCGGCGGUAUCACCUAUUCUGAGAUGCGAGUAGCAUAUGAAGUAACUCAUGCUGUCAAGAACUGGGAGGUUCUUAUCGGAGCCACACACAUUCUCACUCCAGAAGGAUUUCUGGGGGAUUUACGAGAUCUCGGAAACUGAAUCACAAGAUUUUCUAAAUGUAGAAUUACAGUCUUUUUCUAGAAUUUUCUUAUCUCUCUCUAUAGAUAUUUUUACAAGUUUCUUAUUACUGCUUUCAAGUACAGAGUGGAUCUACAUCAAGCUUGUAAAACCCUCUUUAACUAAUGAACUCGUCUGGAAUGUGGAUUAGUUCAUCAUUUAUAUGAGGGUUUCUGUAAAAGUUAAAUAUAUUUGUCUGUGAUACUACUGUUAGUUUAAGAAGUCAAAAAAAGGUGACAUGGUUGUCUGCUCUAGUGAAGAAUUCCUUUGGUUGAUAAGUAGAUACAUGUAAUGGUCUUGUUCAUCUGAUUCAUUCCAACAAAAAUAGUUGAUGUGUAAAAGACUAUAUACCAUGGUGAUUUUUGUGAAAUUUGGUUUUAUGGGUUACCAUAUCUGCCCAAACUUUUAUUUGAAGCAUGAAGCAUACAGUCUUGUGAUAUUUUGUUGGGUAUGUUAUAUAUGCCAUAGAGAUAAAUGUAAGCACAGAUUAUAGUUAAGAACAAAAUGUAUGCAAGUUAAAGAUCCAUUGCCUAGUUUAUAAAAAAAAAUAUUUAGAUAUUAUUUAAUCAAUCUAGUGCCAAGUUCUUAUAUUGUAUUCUACUUUUAUUACCAUAUAUUAUAUAAAUAGCAACAUCAUCUCAGUUAUAUAGAAGAAUAGAGCUUUAUUUGUCCAAGAAAAAUAGAACUGUAAACUGUACAUCUAAGUUUUGAAGUAUUGUAAAUGGGUCAAACCACAUUGAAUCUGGACCAGAACUGGUCCAGUGUACAUGUAAAUAUGGUUUUAAUCCCUUCUAAUUCUUAUAUCUAAUAUUUUUUGGAACACCUAUAGAGAUAGAAAAAGAGCUUUCAGGAUUUAUCCUGCUGUGUGCUUAAAAAGUGGUAUGGGUAGUUUGAACAGUGCAGAUAAACAAAAUUUUGCAGAAUUUCUUUAAUGUAAACUGUAAAUUUAGCUCUUCAAUCCAUAUGUCUGUCACAAAAUUUGAUUUAUAUAUCCAGCUAUGCACCACCAUCACUAUAUAUUUAUCCACAUCCAUCUUAAUUUAUUACAAGUAUAAGCUGAUGUGGCUUUUAUUUAAAUAUAUAAUCAUAGAGUUUAGAUGGUAUAGAUUUCUCAUAAAUAACAUUAUUAACUUCUUCAAUGUUUUAUUUCCUAUGAUACAGUGAUUGUGAAUGUAGAUAGAAUAAUUAAUAUAUACAUAGUAUACUUAUAUAUAUAUCUAUUAAAAGGUCAUUUUUUCAAAAAUAUCUUAAUAAUUAUUAAUUUUUGAGAAAUUGGUCUCAAGUUUUUAUUGAAGUUUGCUCAUAGCUAUAUUAGACUUAUGGCUUAGAAUUUUAAUUUUUCAAACAUUAAGAUAAAAUUGCAAUCACUGAUAUUAGUGACCUACAUCUAAUUGUUUCAAUUAGGAAAGAUUAUUAACAUUUGAAAUUUGUUAUUUUUUAACAUUCCUUAUGAAAUGACCAGUUCUUUGUUACAAUAUUUUUGAAGAUAGAAUUGUUUGUAGCAAUUUAAAAAUUGAAAAAAUUGCAAAUAAGCUGUGGUUGUUCUUGGGCCACAACAAAGCUCGAACCUGGUACGCAACUAGAUAUGGUUUUAGUGUUGUAACCACUGUGGCUCCCAGAAGUUUGGAAAUUAAAAGAGAGAUAUUCUAACCAUGUUAUGUUAAUUAUGUGCAAUAUUAUUGUUUUAUUAUGGUUUGUUGAUUAUAAUGUAUGUAUGUUUACAGUUAUUCUAGUUUUACCAUAUUAAAUCAACAAACUUUGCUACUGACAACACUUUUUCUAAGGGUUUUAGGUAUGAGUUGAUAUGAGUGAAAUUUUAAUUAAGGGAGCAGUCCCAGAUUUCACGGCUAUUUGUUGAUAGAAGUGGCUUUUAAUUAUACAAAUCCAAUGCUAAAAUGUAAAAAAAAAGUCCAAUUAUCCUCUCUGAAAGUUUCAAACCAAAAUAUGAAACCAUUCGGAAAUGGAGUUGUCUGAAUGACGAUGUUCACUUACCAAUAAAAUAUAUUUGAGACUGCUCUUUAAGUCCAAUCUAUGGAACUUUCUUCAACACUAAGACUAUAAAUAUGCUCAUCCUGAGUUCUGUUCAGUGGGUGAAUGUUUAUUAUUGAAUGAUAGGAUUAAACUGUUUGUGUGAAUAUAUUGCCAUGAUGUUAUCACUAUGGUAGUGAUGAAUGUUACGUCCUUUAUAUCUGCAAAGAAGCAAUACAAACCAGCUAACUGCCACUGAACAGCAUUGAACUCUGAUCAACACAGCCAUUGGCAUGUCUCAGUCUCAAUAAGGUCACCAAAGACUAUGUAUUUUUUUAAAGGGACAUUUUACUGAAAUUUCUUGUCAACAUGUAACAAAAGUUACAAUUAUUAACAAAGUAAAUAUAACAGAUCCCAAAAUAUGUGCAAAUAAAUUGUAAAAUAAAGUAGCACUGAUAUUGAAAGAUAUUGCCUUCCACGCAAGAAAAUGGUGUAAAUGUUUAGCUAUGAUCUGUGUAGAUAAUAAUUAGAUCUUGAGAAAUGUGUGACUGAAGUUUUCAACUACCAGCAAUCAAAACAAACUACAUUUUGUGAAAUGUCUCUUUAAUUAAGAGUUGCUAAAUAUUAUUUAUCAUUCCUGUUAAAUCAUUUGUAUAUAAUUUUAUUAUUAUUAAUGUAUAUUAUGUUAUUAUUGUAAUAUUAUUUCCUGUGUCACUGUAUAGUUUCAAUUUGUUUUUGUGUAUUUUUCACUAUAAAUAUAUAUAUCUUGUUUCUAAAUGUAGAAUUAGAAGGAAACAAUAAACGUGUUGCAUUUAA